AUGCUGGCGGCCACCAAGCGCCCCCGUCGCGCUGCUUCGGCCGAAGACUCGCUGGACCCUCGCGUGAUGACGGAGCGACAGCAGCUGGCGUUUCUCCUGCGAGCGACAGCGCCGUCUGACGCCUCGGAGAGUUUGAGCAGCUCGAGUGGCUCGGACUUCUCGAGUGAUGAAGAGGCCGAAGACGAUGACGAUGAGGACGAUGACGACGAUGAUGACGAUGAUGACGAGAAGCCGCCCCGUCGACUACGUGUUGCCGUCAAGCAAAGCAAUCGUCGUGCCGAUCACACGAGUGGCGCGCCGGAGAGGACGUUGCCGAAGGCUCUUCCUGUGAUUUAUUGUGGUCGUGGUCGACCGCCCAAGAACUCAAUAAAGUUGCCUCGGAGUACUCUUCAUCCGUACGUGCGAUCAGCAAAAAUAUCGCCUGGAAGUCGAUAUACACGGUCUGCCGAUGCAGAGGUGGCUGCUGCUGUUGCCGCGAAAUUACGAGCAGAGAAACGGGCGGUUUGUCGAGUGCUCAGAGCGGAGAGAAAAGAGAGGGUUGUCUGCGUCCAGCAAGAGAAGACAAGUCCGUCUAGUGCUAGCGAUGUAGCCAUGUUGAAUAGUGCGGCUGGAACGCCGUUAUGUGCGCUGUGUUGCGAUCUGGAGCCAUUCUGCGACGCGCCGCUGUUUCUGUGUCCGGCGUGUGAUCAGAAGUACCCGACGCAGCAAACACUUGGUCGUGUCUGUAUGACAUAG